AUGGGGCGGGUGGGGUGCCAGUUCCGGGCCCUGCUCUGGAAGAAUUGGCUGUGCAGGGUCAGGCACCCGGUCCUCUCCCUGGCUGAAUUCUUCUGGCCGUGUAUCCUGUUCAUGAUUCUGACAGUACUUCGUUUUCAAGAACCUCCUAGACAUAGAGACAAUUGCUAUUUGCAACCCCGGGACCUGCCCAGCCGGGGUGUUUUCCCCUUUGUCCAAGGUCUUCUUUGCAACACCGGGUCGAGGUGCAGGAACACAAGCUAUGAAGGGGCCACGGAGCAGCAUUUUCGUUCUUCUAGGCUCCUGACUGCUGCUGCUGCUGACAAGAAGGUCGAUGACCUGGCCUUCUUAAGAGAGAUACAGGACCUCACCUGGGAGGUUUAUGAAAUGAUGGACAAGGCGAGAAACUUACAGAAACUUUGGAUAGAGAGAUCCAAGACUCCAGAUUCUUCUUAUGGUUCCAGUUUUUUAACAAUGGAUCUCAAUAAGACUGAGGAGGUGAUCGCAAAGCUGGAGAGUCUUCACCGGCAGCCCCACAUCUGGGAUUUUCUACUUUUACUCCCAAGACUCUAUGCAAACAAUGUCCGUAUUGUAGACGGCCUCCUCAGAGGAGGACACCUACUCCACGCAGUUCUGAGUUCCCUGUCGGCUCUAGAAGAUUCAGGCUGGCUGCCACUCAACCACAGCUUUUCCAGGGUCUCUGCAGCAGUGCUGAAGGUUGUCGUCCCGACGCUGGCACUUCUGCAGGAGAGCGGGGCCGCGGCCACGGAGUCAAGAUACAGCCUGACCUUGAAGGAGCUGGUGUGGGACCCGCGGAAGGUCCAGGCUGACCUGAAAUCCCGAUUCGGUUUUGAUGACCUUCACGCAGAGCGCAUCCUGAACUACUCGGCUGAACUACAGGAGUUUCCCACAGACAGUUCAUUGGAGCGGAUGCUGUGUUCAGCCUUGUCCGGCCCUCCUGAGAACGAAGAUGACGGGGAGGGACACCCUGCAUCCUGCGACCCCAGGUGGUCAGUGGCCAGAAACUACCUGCUCCAAGCGGUCAGCCGGCUGCACCUCUACAAACAGGUGUUUGACCAGUGGCGAAAGGGCAGCCUCUUCCAGAAGGUCCUGGCGGGGAUUGGCCAUGGGCUGGAGGUUCUGAGGACUCAGUCUGGGGAGGGGAGCCAGCCCUGGACAGUGGCGGGAGCUUUGCAGGCUGCCCUUCUCCUCCUGAAUGACAGCAGGGCAGCUGAUGGACCCCAAAGCAGCCACACGCCCACCAGGAUAUUACUGCAUCUGCAGAAAUUGCAGCACGUCCUCCGGGAGCUGCCCCCGCGGCCGGCCCUGACAGGACUGCUGCGGCUUGAUGCGGCUCUCAGGAGCAUGGUGGCCCAGAAUCUGCACCUUGUCCGAGAAAUCCUCGUUCGCCUCGAGACCUCUGCUAACAAGUCUCGACCUGGUGGGCCUGGCCCAUCAAAACUGGAGAAGGACAUGCUUUUUGGAGAGUUAAAGCAGUUGCUGAUGAAGGAAAACGCCACGGGUCUGUGCCUGAAUGGACGCCUCUCGCAGACGGAAGCUCCUCCACGUCCCGGGGUCGCCGGCAUCCAGGGGGCCCCUGGGGGGCUGGCCUGUGGUCACCACUCCUCCAGUGAGGCCAGUGCUGUACACAAGCUGCUUGGGGCAGUGGAGGACGCGAAUCGUCAUUUGCAAGAGGUCAUUACUGGACACACACAUAUGCCUGUUUCAACACCGGGGGAUGCCCCGGGCUGGCAGGACCUGGGGACACAGCUGUUGGAAGCCAGCCUGCCCUGCACGCGGCUCCUGGGGCCUGAGGUCUCCCCCAGCGACUGUAUGGACCAGCUUUUCUCCACAGUGGUAUUUCAUACGCUUGAGAAAGCACGACAGUUCCUAGAACAAACAGACCCCUGGAAAGCCUUCAUGGGGUUCCUCAGGAAGACUUGUGAAGUGGCCCGAUACGUGAAUAAACAGGAAAGUUUCUGGAACAGUCCGCCUGCUUUCUCUGAGGAAUCUCCUUGUUAUGAAGAAAACAUGGAUUGGAAAAUUAUCGGUGAUAAUUAUUUCACAUUUUUGAAUAAGUUCAUCGAGACUCCAAUAGCUUCCAUAUCGAGGGUCUUAAAUUUCACAAAGGAACUUCUAAUGAUGGAAAAGAAGUUGCAGCCCCUUGAGGAUGAGCAAAUGAACUUCCUUUUAUCUUUUAUGGAAAUUUUGGAGAAAUUAUUAUUGCCUAAUCCUUUCAACUCAUCCAGUGUUCCCAAAUUCCACAAGCUCCCAUCUCUCCCUGAGACAAUUCUAAAUACAAGUCAUUUGUGGAUAAAUCAUUUAGCAAGUUUAGAGAGAGACACACCCGGGGUUGAUGCUCAGAAGCUUCUGGAAUUCGGCAAAGAGAUGAUGGAAAAAGUGCAAACUCUUGAAAGUCUCUGGAUAAGGAAGGAAGCAAGAAAUAUCUUGAAAUUUAUGGGAUUAGUUCUUUUUGGAAUGAAUCCCAAGUUCCAGGCAUUGUGGAUGCAUGGCAUUUCAAAAGGAGAAAGAGCUGAACUGGGAAUCUCGUCUCCACUUGUAAAUUUUUCUGAUCCAGGAAACGAGAGGAUUCAUAGGAAAAGAUUUAACUUUCCCCAGCUGUUCCAUUCAGAUUGGCCUCAAUCGCCAGCCAGGAAAAUGGGUUUUGUUCAUUUAAGUGAAGCAAUAAUAAAUAGUCUCUCUGAAUUUGGAUUUCUGAGGCAGGAACAGGCCUUAGAAGCUGUGGGCACAGUCUAUGCUAUGAGGAACGCAUCUGAUCUUUUCUUAGCCCUUUCUGAGCCACAGAAGCAGGACAUUGGUAAAAUUUUGACUCACGUAUAUCUAAAUGUCUUCCAGGACAAAGAUUCGGCUUUACUUCUGCAGAUUUAUUCUUCAUUUUACCAAUAUAUUUAUAAAUUCUUGAGCAUUCAGAGGAGAGAGCCUUUGCUCUCUUUCCUUACACAAAUCUCAAAACACAUUUUGGAUGUCACAAAACAAUUUAAUUUCCAAAACAUCAGUAAAGUGUUUGCAUUUUUAUAUGAGACAACACGGGUCCUUGGGGAAAUUUCUGAAGUAUCUUACUGCCAGAAGUUGCUUUCAAUUUUUAACUUUUUGGAGGUUCAAGCCCAGUCCCUGAUGUCUACUGAGGGCCCAGCAAUGGGAGUGAUCCACGCGACGUUGACAGGCCUCAAACAGCUGUUCAUGGUGGAUGAAGGUUUUCGUAAUUCCUUAUUUCAGUAUGUGAGCCAACUCUUCAAUGUCUCAGCAGAAGCCCUGCUGGGUAAUGAAUGCUUUGUUUUGGGUAAUAAAAGCAUUUCUUCUGCGAAUUAUUCAAUAGAUAAGGGGUCUUCAUCCAUUCUCCCAUGGGCACAGAUUCUUUCAAACCUCUCAGAAAACAGCAGUGAGUUCCGCGAGUUUACGGCUGUUCACUGUACCCUUUCGUGGCUGCAAACGUGGGUCGAAAUCUGUGGAUACAUAGCUCAGAUAUUUCGGCUGGACACGAAUGUCUUCACUCCUCUUAGUGCUGGUCUCUCUCAGCUUUUGGAUGAACUGGAAAGUGAUGUGAAAAUUCCUAAAAGCUGCCAGGGAAUAUUUCCCACCCAUCACCCUGCCAGACUCAUGUUAAACUUGUUUAAAAAUGUAACUCAGGCUGAUGGCUUUCAUGAUUGGAAUGAUCUUCUGAAUCUCAGGGAUCUCUGGGUAGCACUGGGUGAUGGAUUAGUUAGAGUAAAAUUGCUUACCCUGGACCAAGUGGAGAAAUCCCUUUUCACCAUGGAAACCGCCCUGAGGCAGCUAAAGUCAUUUCCAUUCAACACAAAUGCGAGCAGAGAGUUUUUAUAUUCCCUGCUCGACAUUUUUAUUGAGUUGAGCAAUACUUCAGCAUAUAGAGAUAGAAACGUGCAUUUGAUGAGUCACUUUCUUUCAAAUGACCUCACAGAUUAUGAAGUGCUGUUUGAAAGUGUCAUCACCAACCUAAGAGACACAAUAUUAUUUCUUAAAAAUGUGUCCCAUGACCAAGAUUUAUUGUCCUGUGCUGACAUUUUCCAAAAUGUUACUGAGUUUAUUUUGGAAGAUGGCUUCUUAGAUGUUAAUUCUUCACAGCGGACGUUACACAUUCUGUCCGUGUUAAAUUCCACAUUUUCCUCUGCGGAUGCGGUUAGCCGACUGAAAGGAUGCAUUGCGUGGGUAGACGCCAUAAACCGCCUGUGUGCGAGGCACAGCUCCCGUUUUUCACAAGGCCACCUUCAGGGUGUCCUGAGGAGUUUCAGAGCUGUGGAAGGCAAAGUGGACUCUGCUUUGAAGCUUGUUACUCGGAUGUUGAACACAGCGAUGGAGCCUUCUUGUUCAUUGGAGAUGUCAAAUGUAAAUUGUGUGAAUGUUUACUUAAGAGAUGUGACUGACUCUCUAAAUGUUAUACUCGCUGCAGUCUUUGGAAAAGAAAAGCUACCAAAAUUUGAGAUUUUAUUAACUCUUUUAAAUGAUUCCACAAACCAAGUAAGGAUGAUUAUCAACAACUUAACAAGAGACUUUGAUUUGGUACCUCAAUCCAACUGGAAACAUUUUACUGAAUUAAUUCUAAAACCCAGAGAAAUGUCGGAUGAAAUGCCUCAUCAGUUUCAAAAUAUUUGGCUGCAUUUAGUAGCUCUGGGGAAGGAAAUUCAAAUACUUGUGAAAGAUAUUUUCCCUAACAUCCUGGAAAAUAGCGCCUCUUUUAAAACUGAAAAAAAUUUAAACAUAUUUGCUACCAGUCCCAAAGAGAAGGACAUACCGAGCUUAGGCAGGGCAUUUUAUCAGUUAGCUAGUUACCUUGCCUCCAAUUUAUCCCACGAUCUCCAAAACUUAUCCCAAGUAAAUUCACAUGAAGUAAUGAAAGGUGCGGGUCUCAGUAUUCAACUCGUGAGGGAUGUGUUCAAUGCCCUAACACCUUCAGUUUAUCAUGAUAUUCCACAAGAGCCAGGUAAUUUUCAAGUUUUAAAGAAGGUAGCUUCUUUCCUGCUCACUGUCAAGAAAACAGACGUACACCUGCUAGUAGACCAGCUUGAACAAAUCAGUGAAAGCCUGACGGAUUUUUUUAAGAACGUCAGUAGGUUAGGUACUGGCAAUUUGUGGGUCAGCCUCUUUGUUGACUUGAUGGAAAAAUUUGUCGACAGCUCACGUUCUUGGAGUGUUAACCAUCUGCUGAGGCUCUCACGUUUGCUUCCUAAAAAGGAUGCUGAAGCCGUGGUUGAUGUGUACCACCUGCUCCCUCAUGCCAUGAGGCUCCUGCGGGGCAUGGGCGACAAAAACCUCACAGAGGCCCUCAAGGAUGUCUAUAACUUCACACUCCUGCAUGGCAUAAGCCUUUCAAAUGUCACCAAAGAAGACUUCGCUAUUGUGAUAAAAACUCUUUUGGACACGAUUGAAUUAAUAUCAGAUCAACCAGGCAUCCUUUCGGAGGCUUUAACUUGUCUCCCUAUGUUUUGGUGCUGGAAUCACACAACUUCUGGAUUUCAGCAGAACCCAAGGUCAGAAGCCUGUAAUGCCCACAAACUCAUGUCUCCUUCCUUCUACAGCAAAGUGGCCAGUAUCCUUGACCACCUCCACCUGUCUCCCCUAGGUGAAGAUUCACAGUGUUUGAAUGAAAGCUCACAGAUGGAAAUAACUAGGAAAGUAGCCUGUGUAAUUCAUGAAUUAAUGGACUGGAAUUCCAUUCUUCUAGAGCUGUCCAAUGUCUUCCAUGUUAAAACUUCACUUGAGAAAACUGUGCAAGAAUUUUGGCAUAAGGUGUUACCAUUUGUCUCAUUUUCUGGAAAUCAAAGCAAUGGCAGUAUCUCUGAACUUUGUCCUGGUGGUCCCAUAAAGCAAGUUGCUUUGCAAAUCACAGAAAAAUUAAAAAAUGUCAACUUUACAAAAGUCACAUCAGAUGAAAACCUUCUUGAUAAACUAGCUGGUUUAAACAGGAUCCUUAACAUUGAGGAAGGAAUAGGAUCAUCUGUUCUAAAUAAUAUUUCCUUACAUUUGGAAAGGAUAAUAAACAUGCUUUCUAGGGAUGAGAGCCUAGAAAACAGUACUAAUUCUGUAGUCUCUCCAUUCAUGACAUUUCUGAAUGCAAACCUUACAGGUAGUAGUUUAGAAGCACUAUCACAUUUUAUUAAAAAAAGUGGAGAAACUUACAACUUUGAAGAACUAUGGCUUAAGCUUGAACAAAUCAUGAAAGAUCUAACCUGUAACUUUAGUAUCAGACCCCUGCUUUCUGAAAUUAACAAAGAAAUGCAAAUUACUAAUUCAGUGGCUCUUCAAAACCUAAGUUUGGCGCUUGCCCAUUUUUUGGAAAGCCUGGAUUCCUCAUCGUUGAAGACAUUAGAAGUUAUUAAAGAUUUUUUAUUGGCCAUAAAAAACUGGUUUCAUAAAUAUGCAAACAAAGAUUACCCCAAAAUGAUAGAAACUUUAUUUCUCCUUGUGGCUAACAAGAGUUCAACUGAAGAUUUAGCUUUGUUGACUGAAGAUAUUGCUACCUUUUUGGGUAAUCUCAAAAAUGUUUCUAGAGAAGACAAUUUUGAUGUUGCCCUUCUUACUCAUCUGCUAAACCAAGAACAAGUAACUAAUUUCUCAGUCAUUCAGCUGCUUUUUGAAAGCUUCCUAAUUAAUUCAAUCAAUAACUUAGCUGAGAGUUCUCAAGAAGCAGCCUCAAAUUUAAGUGAUACUGACCUUCAGAUAACGAAUUUCAUUAACCUUGCCUUGAACCAUACACAGUCAGAAAAUGGCGAGAGAAUCUUUCUCCCUCCAAGAAGCAUAAUGGAUUUCGUGAAAAAGCUUUUGAAAACAUUCUUCUCCUUUGUACUAAAGGAAAAUUCAGGGAGCAGUGUACUUCUUCUGCUGAAAGGCUUCCUCAGAGAUGUCAUUGCAGAGAUGAGUUUUGUUCCAAAGGAUAAAAUUCUAGAAAACUUGAAGCUGGAUCGUUUUCUUACCUUCAUGAGAGAAGACAGAUUGGUGAACAUUUUUUCAGCUUUAAACGAGACCAUGUAUCAUCUAAUCAAAAGCUCAUUUACAUUAGACAAUGGAGAAUUUUAUUUUGAUAAUCAUCGAGCACUGAAGUUCAUGGGAGAUUUAUUCCACACUCUUCUAAGGGAAACCUCAGUGAAAAAUGAGACUGGAAAUAAUCUGCAGUUCCUUGUAGUGGUGAGUCAGUUGCUUUCUCACAUGAACAGUUCUGAGGACCUUUUCAAACUCAAUCAAGAUCUCAGGUCAGCUCUUGGCCUUGUGAGAGAAACUUCAGCAGAGCUAGCACAGCUCAUGGACACUCUUUCAAACUCUCCUAUUAAGGACUUCCCUGCCCUGUACCCUGCCCUCCAGGAAGUUAUACUGGCUAAUCUAACCCAUUUGCUUUCCUUCAUAAACAAUUCAUUCCCCCUUAGAAACAGAGCAACAUUAGAAAUUACCAGGCGCUUGCUUGGAGUUAUCUCAAGAGCCGGUGGAGAGAGUCGUACCCUGGACCCCCUCUUGGAAAUGUCUAGAACUCUGACCAUGCUGGUGGAUAACGGUGUGGAAAUGAGAGGUCUUGCCACCUCCAUCACCACCACUGUGGACCUUCUUAAGCUGGCCAAGAAAACGUCAAGAAAGGUGGCCACCGUGUUGGAAACGCUUUCUGUCCCCACUGUCAAUGACACUGUGAAAUUGUUGCACACUCUUUAUUCCAUUUUGCAGCAAAGUGUUCGAAAUGUUGUCAAUGAAAUGAUUACUUUGAAAAAAGCAGAUCAUUUAAUAUUGGAAAAUAUAGAUAACUUGUUGAUGCCAUUUCUUGACUUGGCCUUUGGGAUGAUUGGAGUCAAACCUAAUAUUUCUCAAGACUCUGAUAUUCUCAAUAUGUCAUCUAGUAGCAUAUUCACAUAUGUGAACCAGUCCAAAGAUUUUUAUGGUAUUAGGAAAGAAAUAGCUGAAUUUUUAACUUCUGUGAAAAUCAAUUUGGGAGACGUGGAACAUCUCGUAGCAGCAUUUAAUAAUGGGACACAAGUAUUUUCUGUGGAUUCUGUCAAUUUAUGGGAACAAAUCCUGAAUUGCUUAGUUCCUGUAAAGGACCUCAUCAACCACAUAGACUUUUUAUAUUCUAAUCCAGUUUCCACUCAUAAUUUCCCUCAAGAUAAAAAAUGGAAAAGAACUCGUGAAGUGAUCUUGUUUUUGCGUGAAAUACUGUCACGAAACAGAACAGGACCAGGGACUUACUUGAGAACGGUGAUCGACCUCAUCUCAGCAGGACUUUGGAAUAAGUUACGGAAGGAUGACAAGGAUGUUUUUAAUCCGUUGCUGACAUUGGGUCCGUAUCCAAAUGACCUUUUAAAAACCGUAAAGACAGUUGUAAAGGCCUUCAGGGGAUUGAAAGGUGACUCCAGAGGUGAUUUGAGUACAGCUUUGCUUUUUAACACCUCUUUGAUUCAGAAGGAAACUCACCAACAACUGCAAGAAGCAGUCCAGGUCGUGUUAAGUAGAGUAGCUCUUGCGAGUAAAGAGCUUCUCCUCAACAGCUCUCAGAAGGCAUACUCCUUGAGCCCUUUGUUUCAGCCCAUUUUUGAAAUUUUUAUUAACGCAACCACUGGAGAGAACAGCACCUCAGGAAAAGACGAGAAGACCAAGAAAGAGCUGGUUGACUUUCCUUACAUCCUCAAACCAUUAUCGCGUUUUGAGAAAUACUGGAAGGGAUUGAUUGCAUUGGCUGAAUACUGGCAAAACUUCUCACUGAUUGAUCAAAGUGCCGUGGAAGCAUGUCGGGCUUUCCUGCAACCUCCGGAGCCCCCAGUCGCCGUGGUGAUUCUGCGGAGAGUGGAGAAGCUGGUCCAGCGUGUGCUCGUUCUCCUUGCAGAAAACCCCGCCCUGACCAGGGAUGUCCUGUGUGCCACCCUGAGCUGCAAGCAAGGCAGGAUAAGGCUGCUGGUUCUCUCUGCUCUGAAAGGGGUCGUCUUGGUGCAGGACCACUACCAGGAGCUGGAAAAGAUAUGGACCUCUCCCCAUCAGCCAAGUUGUGAAGGUCUCAGCAGGAAUCUGUCCAGCGCCUUGGAAGGCUUCAGGAGCAGCUUGGAAGAUGCCAGCGAGCAGGACUGUGAAUGCCAGCCUGGGCCAGCCUCCUCUCCGCACACUUAAUAUAUGUUGGCCCAAAGCCUCGAGAAGACUUUGUUGUCUGGGAAUCCCGUUAUGGCUUUUCUUAGCAAUUUCACAGUAGCUGAGGAUGUAAAAGUGAAAGAUUUGAUGCAGAACAUCAGCAGGUUAACCGAAGAGCUUCGAUCUUCUCUCCACAUCUCAGAUGAGACUAUCAACAGCAUUUUAGAAGCGAACAUUUCCCACUCAAAGGUUCUCUCGAGCGCCCUGACGGUGGCUUUGUCUGGAAGGUGUGAUGGGGAUGUUCUUCGUCUGCUGCUCCGGUUCCCUGAGGAUGGAAAGUCCGGGUCCGCAGCGAGGGAGCUGUGCGGCCUGCCCCGGGCCCAGGUGUUUUCUCUGAUUGUGCUGAUGGGUCGGAACCUGGACCUGCGGAAUUUCGUUUACAAAACGCUGCUCCCCAAGGAAGCCAGCGGCCUGCUCAGCUCCCUGCUGGACGUCGUGAGCGGCCUCAGCCACCUGCUCCCCAGAGCUGGCCAGGUCCUCGAACACCUUCCUGGAUUCCUCCGUGAACUUAAGAUCACUGCCUUGCUGGACGCGCCCGACUUCCAGCAGGCUUCACAAAGUCACCAGGCCAGAAGUUCAGCCUUUGGUUCUUUCCGGUCUUUGAUGAAGAUGGUUUGCAAGGACCACGCAUCUUUCUUUAGCAACUCUGACACCUUUCUUAACUUACCUAGAGUUAAUGAACUCUUAGGAGAUGACAAAGAAAAAUUCAACAUUCCUGAGGAUGCAACACCGUUUUGCUUGAAGAUUUAUCAGGAAAUUCUACAGUCUCCAAACGGCGCUUUGGUGUGGUCUUUCCUAAAACCUGUGUUACACGGAAAAAUACUGUACACACCAAACACUCCAGAGAUUAAUAAGGUCAUUCAGAAGGCAAAUCAUACUUUUGAUUUUGUGGACAAGCUGAAGACUUUAUCAGAAACACUGCUGAACUUGUCCAGUGUUUUUCAGAGCAGCAGAAACGGCCAGAUGCUCCACCAGCUGCAGAAAGCCCUGAAAAACAAAUUUAUAAGAAGCUUUGUGGAAAGCCAGCUGCACGUUGAUGUAGACAAACUGACCGAAAAGCUCCAGACACUUGAAGGGAAGCUGGACCAGAUGCUGAACCGCACAGGCACUGGACGCCUCCGCUUCCUGAGCCGUGUCCUGGCCGACCUGUCCUCCUGUGUCCUGCUGAACCGCUUCCAGGGCAUGGCCUCCGUCACCUCCCUGGAGGCGACCGCACAGGCCCUCAUGCAGAAGAACAACUUCUUGGCCAGUAUCAUUUUCAACAACUCCGCAGUUGGUAAGAACCUCAGCUCAGAAUCUCUUCAGCUGCCGCCCCAGGUCACAUACAGCAUCCGGACCAGCGUCUCGUACAGCAUGAGAACAGAUCUGGUGAAAAACCCUUUCUGGAAGUUCCACCCUCAGAGCCUUCCAGCCGAUGGGUUCAAGUAUAACUACAUCUUUGUCCCGUUGCAAGACAUGAUCGAAAGGGCCAUCGUCUCGGUGCAGACGGGGCAGGAGGCCCUGGACCCGGCCGUGCAGGCUCAGGCCAUCCCCUACCCGUGUCACACCAGCGACCUGUUCUUGAACAACGUCGGCUUCUUCUUCCCCCUGAUCAUGAUGCUCACGUGGAUGGUGUCUCUGGCCAGCAUGGUCCGCAAGCUGGUUUACGAGCGGGAGAUCCAGCUGGAGGAGUACAUGAGGACCAUGGGCGUGCACCCGGCCGUCCAUUUCCUGGCCUGGCUCCUGGAGAACGUGGCCAUGCUGACCGUGAGCAGCGCCGCCCUGGCCCUCAUCCUCAAGGUCAGUGGCAUCUUCACCUACAGCAGUGGCUGGGUCAUCUUCGUCUUCCUGCUGGACUUCGCGGUGUCGGUGGUCAUGCUGAGCUACCUCCUGAGUGCGUUCUUCGGCCGGGCGAGCACGGCCGCCCUGUGCAGCAGCCUGCUGUACGUGGCCAGCUUCCUACCGUACAUCGUGCUACUGGUCCUGCACGACCAGUUAGGUGCCGGCCUGCAGGCCUUGCUGUGCCUCCUCUCCACAACCGCCUUUGGACAAGGAGUGUUUUUCGUUACAUUCCUAGAAGGGCAAGAGGCAGGGAUUCAGUGGGAUAACGUGUACCAGUCUCUGGAACCAGCGGGCAUGACCUUUGGCUGGGUUUGCUGGAUGAUUCUGUUUGAUUCAGGCCUUUAUUUCUUAUGCGGAUGGUACUUGAACAACAUGAUUCCUGAAACUUUCGGUUUGAGGAAACCAUGGUAUUUCCCCUUCACCGCAUCCUACUGGAAGGAUGUAUGUGGGUUGGUGGUGAAAAGGAAGAGUGGAGCGGGUUCUCACCUGUUCUUCAUUAGUGGGAACCUGGACAGUCAAGGCUCAUCCCUGCAAAAUGGGGAAGGAGAGCUGGAAGGAGGCCCCCCGGGUGUCGUCCUGCUGUCUGUGACCAAGGAGCAUGAUUGCCACAAGGCAGGGGUCUGGGACCUGACCCUGACCUUCCAUAGGGACCAGAUCACGGCCCUGCUGGGGACCAACGGCGCCGGGAAGACCACCGUCAUAUCCUUGCUGACGGGACUCUACCCCCCCACGUCUGGAACCAUCACAGUCAACGGCCGGAACCUUCAGACGGACGCGUCCGCAGUCAGGGAGGAGCUGGGCGUGUGUCCACAGCACGACGUCCUGUUCGACCACCUCACAGUGCUCGAGCACCUGCUGCUCUUUGCCUCCCUGAAGGCGCCAUGGGGGACCCGCCAGGAGCUGCGUGGGCAUGUCCAUAGAACGCUUCAGGACGUGGGGUUGACGCAGCACCGGCACCAACAGGCCCGCGCCAUCUCGGGGGGCAUGCGGAGGAAACUGUCCAUUGGCAUCGCCUUCCUGGGUGCGUCGAGGACCGUGGUCCUGGAUGAGCCCACUAGCGGGGUGGACCCUUGCUCCCGUCGUGGCGUCUGGGACGUGCUCCUCAAGUACAGAGAAGGUCGGACGAUCAUCUUCACCACCCACCACCUGGAUGAGGCUGAGGCGCUGAGUGACCGCGUGGCCGUGCUGCAGCAGGGGCGGCUCCGGUGCUGCGGUCCCCCGGCCAACCUGGCCCAGGCCCAUGGCCAGGGGCUCCGCCUGACGCUCAGCAAGCAGCCUUCUGUUCUGGAGGCUGAUGACCUGAAGGACACAGCUUGUGUCACGUCUCUGAUCCAGACCUACAUCCCACAAGCAUCCCUCAAAGGCAGCAGCCCAGGCGAGCUGAGCUACACAAUCCCUGAGGAUGCAGACAGAGCCUGCUUCAAAGGGCUCUUCCAGGCCCUGGACCAGAACCUUCACCACCUGCACCUAACGGGCUAUGGGAUCUCAGACACCAGCUUAGAAGAGGUGUUUCUGCAGCUUUUGCAAGAUUCCAAGAAGCAAAGUGAUGCUGCCCUCGGGACGGAGUCGGUGCCCCCGGAGCCUGGCCCUGGUGUCCAUGGCACGCCUGCCAGGCCCCCCCUGGUGCGGGGCGGCCACCUGCUCUGGACGCAGAUGACCGCCCUCCUGCUGAAGCGGCUCCUCCACGCGGGCCGGGCCUGGAAGGGCACUGCCUCCAACCUGCUGCUGCCUGUGCUCUUCGUGGCCUUGGCCAUGGCCCUGUUCAUGGUGAGGCCUUUGGCCAUCGACUACCCUCCCCUCAAACUGACACCUGGCCAUUACGACAGGGUCGAAACCUACUUUUUCAGCAGCAGUGAGAACGACGACAUGGGGCUCGCCCACACGCUUUUGCGGAAGUUCAGGGAUCAGGACCCGCUCUGCGCUGACUUACACCCAGACUUGGGGAAUUCUUCCUGCUGGCGCACGGACCCCUCCUCUCGCCCAGAAGUCCGGGAGUCCUGUGGCUGCCUGAAGUGCCCCAAUGCAAGCAGCAGGGCACCCUACCUGACCAACCGCCUGGGCCACAGGCUGCUCAACCUCUCCGGCCUCCCCCUGGAGGAGUAUUUGCUGGUGCCGCAGGAAGAGCCAAGGCUCGGUGGAUGGUCUUUUGGAGUCAGAAUCCCUGAUCAAGCUCAAGACUCAAAUUCAAAUGUAUCAAAACGCAAAACUCUGGCAAAGGUGUGGUACAAUCAGAAGGGCUUCCAUUCCCUGCCAUCCUACCUAAAUCAUCUCAACAACCUUAUUUUGUGGAGGCUCUUACCCCCUGCCGCGGACUGGAGGCAGUAUGGAAUCACGGUCUACAGCCACCCGUACGGAGGAGCCUUGCUGAACGAGGACAGGAUCCUGGAGAGCAUCCGCCAGUGCGGCGUGGCCCUGUGCGUCAUGCUGGGCUUCUGCAUCCUGUCCGCGUCCAUCGGCAGCUCCGCGGUGCACGACAGGGUGACCGGGGCCAAGAGGCUGCAGCACAUGAGCGGCCUGGGCUACAGGACCUACUGGCUCACCAACUUCCUGUUCGACAUGCUCCUUUACUUGGUCUCCGUCUGCCUGUGCGUCGCAGUGAUCCUCGCCUUCCAGGUAACGGCUUUCACUUUCCGAGAGAACCUGGCGGCCACGGCCCUCCUGCUGGCACUCUUCGGGUACGCGACUCUCCCGUGGGUGUACCUCACCUCCAGAGUCUUCUCCAGCUCGGACGUAGCCUUCAUCUCCUACAUCUCCCUGAACUUCGUCUUCGGCCUCUGCACCAUGCUGAUGACCAUCAUGCCACGACUGCUGGCCUUCGUCUCCAGGGCUCAGAAUUUACAGAACAUCUAUGACAUCCUCAAGUGGGUCUUCACUAUUUUCCCUCAAUUCUGCCUGGGUCAAGGGCUAAUAGAACUCUGUUACAAUCAGAUCAGAUACGACCUGACCCACAACUUUGGCAUCGAUUCCUACAUGAGUCCCUUUGAGAUGAGCUUCCUGGGCUGGAUCUUCGUGCAGUUGGCCGUGCAAGGCUCGGUCCUUGUCCUCCUGAGGGUCCUGUUGCACAGAGACCUCUGGCAGCUGCCCAGGGGCCACUCUGCCAUUCAAGGGACAGUCACAUCUUCCAAGGACAUAGAUGUUGAAAAAGAGCAAGUGAGGGUGUUGAAAGGCAGAACCAGUGGAGACCUCCUCGUGCUGCACAACCUUAGCAAGAGUUACAGAGGCUUCUUCAAGAGGACCACCGCGGUGCAGGAUAUUAGCUUGGGCAUACGCAGGGGAGAGUGUUUUGGCCUUCUAGGGGUGAACGGAGCUGGGAAAACCACCACAUUCAAAAUGCUGACCGGGGACCUGCUUCCAAGUUCGGGACACGCCGUCCUCAGGACUCCCAUGGGAGAGGACGUGGAUCUGGCUCUCGCUGGCGCAGCCGGCAUCCGCGUUGGCUACUGUCCGCAGCAGGAUGCCCUGGACCAGCUCCUGACCGGCUGGGAACACCUGCGUUAUUACUGCAGCCUGCAUGGGAUUCCAAAGCAGUGCAUCCCUGAGGUUGCUGGGGACCUCGUGAGGCGCCUCCACCUGGAAGCCCACGUGGACAAACUCGUGUCCACCUACAGUGGGGGGACCAAGAGGAAGCUGUCCACAGCCCUGGCCCUGCUGGGGAAACCCGAUCUUCUCUUACUGGACGAGCCCAGCUCAGGGAUGGAUCCCUGCUCCAAACGGCACCUGUGGGAAGCGGUGAUGAAGGAGGCUCGGGAAGGCUGUGCUGUGGUCCUGAGCUCCCACAGCAUGGAGGAGUGCGAGGCCGUGUGCACCAGACUGGCCAUCAUGGUCCAUGGCAGCUUCCAGUGCCUGGGUUCCCCGCAGCACAUCAAAAACAGGUUUGGUGAUGAUUACACAGUCAAGGUUUGGCUCUGCAAGGAAGCAAAUCAACACAGCACUAUUUCCGACUGCUUGAAGUUCUACUUUCCGGGAGUCCAGUUGAAGGGACAGCGCCUUAAUGUAUUGGAAUACCACGUGCCUAAAAGAUGUGCAAGCUUAGCUGACCUAUUCAGAGUUCUAGAGGACAGGAAAAGCUUCCUGAAUAUCAGGCAUUACUCCAUCAGCCAGACCACUUUGGAGCAGAUAUUUGUUAAUUUUGCGACUGAGCAGAGGCAAACUUCACCACCUUCUGAUUCGUCCACCGACUGUGGCCGCCCACAGCACCUGCCUGUCUAA